UCCUCUGGAAGACACUUCAGUUAUCCAAUAGAUUAAUCUCUGAACUCCAAAUGUCUCCUAUUCUCUACCUCCUACUAGUAAGUGCUGGUUGUAUGGCCCACUACAGAGGCUACCAGGGCCGUAAUCUCAUUGAAAAGGAGGAACAUCACCCGAACGAAGGAAUUCUGGUAGAAUGUCCCGUAUGUUAUAACGCCCCAUGGCAGUUUAAUCCGGACAAUGGAAACCCUAAAUGCAAUAUUACGAUCGGCACUCAGAGGUAUAAAAAAUGUGACCGAGGUUCAUACUUCAACGAAGUCUGUGGCCGCCGAGACUGUUACAGGGGUCCCGGUGAACCAUGCACUGAGAAAAUGGAGGAAGACGAAUAUGGAGCAAAAUGCGCAUUUGGUUACGACUGUGAUUUCUCAUACCACGUCUGCACUGGCAUAGGCUUUUCAAUUAGCAUUCAUGACCGUCUGUCAUUUCCGCGAUUGUAUCCAUUGCGGCCUCUAAACGAGGGAGAAAAUCAAGCAAAAUCUAUGUUACUAACUUAA